AUGGAUUUAAACAAGCCCCCUGAAGAAGAUGAAUCAUCCAUUCUUUUUAUGCUUUUGAAAGACGGCAAGCAAAUCAGCCAAGUUUUAUGCUCUAACACUCCGGUGAAAAUCUCUGAAUCCUUGCAUAUCAAGGAUAUUAAUCCUGCGGCCUACCAUCCACUCAAAAUGUCGCCUCACAUUUACUUUCAUGCAGCUAGUCAGAACUGGCCUCAACGUAAUGAGUGGCAAAGAUUUCUAAAUUAUCUCCUUAAUAGGGACAAGCUUGCAGUUUGCCAACAUGGAAAUUGUGAGUUCUUGAUAGCACCUCCUGCUGGACAAGGCUCAGCUAAUUUGGACUGUGUUGCUGUUGCCUAUCAUUUUGGGGAGUUGCCCAAGGAUGGAGAAGCUAGAGAAAUUUUGGUAUCUGCUGAUAACCGGACUAGAGAGUCUGUGUUGGUUCAAGGGGAAAGCGUACCUAAAUCUCAUACUCCUGCAUUACAUAUGAAAGGACCACAGCUGAUUGUAAAAUCUGAAGAAUUUAGAAGUGCGAGGGUCAGCACAGAAGAUGCUUGCUUAAGACCACAGAAUUCUCAAUCGCUAAGUCGAGGAUUGGUGAGUGGUAAUGCAACUUGUACAGUUUCAAGGGACUAUCGAAGAUUUGGUCUGCAUAAUCUUCACCCUGCAGAGGAGCAAGCUUUGUAUGAAAGAAUAUAUUCGUUGCCUAAAGAACCUCUAAAUUUUAAAGAGCGUAUGCAUAACUCUUCAGGCCAAAUACCACUUGAAACUCCCUGCCAUUCAUCAAGGGAAGUCGAACAAGAUAAAUUAGGUACAGAUCGAAUCAAGGGCAGGUAUGAAGUGGAUCCUGAUUUCUUUAAUACACUUCGUCACAUGCACAAUGGAUGGCCUUUUGGCGCUCUUGCGGAGCUCAUUGAUAAUGCUAGGGAUGCUAAUGCUUCAAAGAUGGUCAGUAUUGGGAAUGGACGACCCACUAAGGACAACAGGGAUCACAUUGGAAGAUUUGGAGUUGGAUUCAAGACAGGAACCAUGCAACUUGGAAAGGAUGCAAUUGUUCUUACUCAAUGCAGUGAAACUCGGUCAAUAGCUUUUUUGUCACGUUCAUACAAUGAAAAUAAGAAAGAUCUAGAUAUUCCAAUUAUAACAUAUCGAAAGGAGGGAGGGUGGAUGGAUUUUGACCUUGAAGUACAUAGUGAAACUGAAGCAGAGACUGACUUGAAAUCCAUUCAGGAGUACUCACCAUUCAAUGCAUAUACCAUUGGAAGCAAGUUUGCAAGCUUUGCAGAGAAUGGUACUGGGACACACAUUUAUAUCUACAAUCUAGCCCGAUGGGGUUUAGAGUACACUUUAGCCUGGGAUGAAAAAUGUAAUGAUGAGAGAAAUUUAAAAAAGAAAUGA